AUGGCAUCAGUUGGUAAUGGUCAUAUAGCCUCAGUGGUGUACAGUGAUACUCUUUACAUGAAUGGCCUGUAUAAUGGAAAACUAAGAACGUAUGCACAUCAACAUUACACUCAGUUGAUGGUAACAGAAAUAGAAAUUAUAAGAACUCAAAAUAUUGGAAAUGACAGUCUGAAUCAUGUUGAUUCAUGGGCAGAUAAAUGGACGAAAGGGCGAAUAGAGGUAGGAGGGGACACCGAGCUCAAUACCCUGGUGCACAGCAGCAUGUAUUAUACCCUCAGCUCUUUACCUUCAACAGAUCCAAACCAACCGAACGAACCUUUCUAUGGACUAAGUCCAGAAGGUCUGGCAAAUGGUGACAACAGUACAGAUUUCAGAGGUCAUGUAUUAAUUGACAUGGAAGCCUGGAUGUAUCCGUCUGAAAGUGGAGUAAGUGGUGAUGAGCUGAGUUUUGGUGAGGUGAAUCAUGAAUUUAUCACGGCUGACAUAGCUUUUGCUGCAAGACAAUAUAUUUCUGCUACUCGUGAUUUGAAUUGGCUGAGAAGAGAUUCUGGAUACACUUUUAUUAGAGAUUUGGCUAACUUUUUGCAAUCUAUGGCAUUAUGGAAUGAUGUCAAGGCGGCGUAUGAAAUUAAUGUUUCAGCUGUGGUGAAAGAGGUUGAUGCCAUAUUAUUAGGAUUUCCGUUGAUGUUUGAAAUGAAUGAAACGGUUCGCCGAUCAGAUUUAGCUAUUUACGAAAACUUGACAGAUCCAAAGAGCUCUGCUAUGACGUGGGCAAUGUUUGCUAUUAAUUUGUUGGAAAUAGGUGACACGGAGAAGGCGUUUAAGUAUUUUCAGAAGUCUCAUUCUAGUUAUCCUAGAAAGCCAUUUAAUGUCUCUGGUGAAGGGGAUAUCAACUUCAGUGGCAUGGGUACAUUUUUACAAACUCUUAUCUAUGGAUAUGCCGGUGCUCGCCUACAUGUUGAAAAACUAACCUUUGAACCAAAACUGCCCAAAAAUGUAACCUCUUUGCAUUUCCUUGGAUUGGAUUAUUUGGAAACAACCUUUGACCUUUACAUAAACAAUUGGUAUGAUUGGUGA